CGAUUCCAACACUACGACAAGUGCGUUAUCGCCGACAGUCGCGGGAACCCGCUGAGUCAGGGUCAGGCCUAUCGUACCCGUUCAAUUUGUACCCAGUCGAGAUUUGGUUCGAUCGGCAAACGGACGUGUACGCGGUGUGGAAUCUUAAAAAAUGGACUUUUAUCACAUUGAAUUUUCGGCCCCGUGCCAUUCCGUGCGGCUUCUGGCCAAGGCACUGAAGCUGCAGCUCAACCUGAUCAAACUGGACUUGCUCAAGGGGGAGCACCUGAAACCGGAUUUCUUGAAGAUCAACCCGCAGCACGUGAUUCCAACCCUAGUCGAUAACGACUUUGUCCUCUGGGAGUCCCGCGCCAUCCUGAUCUACCUGUGUGAAAAGUACGCCAAGAAUGACGCCCUGUACCCGCGUGACCCGAAGAAGCGGGCCGUCAUCAACCAACGCCUGUACUUCGACAUGGGCACCCUGUACCAGCGGUUCUCGACCCACUACUACCCGCAAAUCUUCCAAGGGAAGCCGGUCCCCGAAGGCACCUUCAAGCAGCUCGAGGAAGCGCUCGAAUUCCUGGAGGGAUACCUCGGCAAGACCGCGUACGUGGCCGGAGACUCCCUCUCGAUUGCCGACCUACCGAUUCUGGCCUCGAUCACGACCUUCAAGGAGGCCGCCGGACUCGAUCUGUCCAAGUACGCCAACAUCGAGCGCUGGUACGCGCAGCUGUCCGCGACUGUGGCCGGACACGACGAAAUCUGUGUCCAGGGUGCGCAAAAAUUUUCCUCGUUCUUUGCCAACGCUAAGCAGGAGUAAUUUUUUGAAAUAAAAAGUGCAAAGCGCGACCGUAUCUAAGUAGGCGGUCGCGCCCGAUAAGAUAAGCAAA